CAGCAGAGGAAGAAGAAGAAGAAGAAGAAGAAGAAGAAGAAGAAGAAGAAGAAGAAGAAGACUGUUGUGGUAGAAAUUAGACUUUUCAGUCACGACAUUUUAUCUGAGUCAGACGGAAUAAAGCGGAUCCCGGGCGGGUUCAGCUGGAGGAGAGGCUCGUUGGAACAGAAGGAAGCGGUGAGCCAGGUGACUUCAGUCUGACAGCAUGAGCUCUAAAGGAGGCAGCACCGCUCUGACCCGCCGCAACUACAGACUGGCUUCAGACACAGACAAGCCCAGAGCCACAGGUAUAGUGAAUGAGAAGCUGCUGAGUGACUUCCUGCACCAGGUGUUCCCCUCCACUAAACAGGGACCGGCUCUGGCGUCGCUCAGGAAACCUCUGGGCUUCCAGGACCUCAGUGCUCACCUGGAGAGACUGUUGUCAGAGGGAGACAGUGAGGACAGCAGAGAUCAGCCUGUUGAAGGUCGUCUUGGUCCGCAGCCGGUCGUCCUCGAUCACACCAGCGGCUUCGAAGGACUUCUGUUUGUGGACGAUGAUCUGCUCGGGGUGAUCGGCCACAGCAACUUCAGCUCCAUCAGAGCCACCACGUGUGUGUACAAAGGGAAGUGGGCCUACGAGGUGCUGAUCUCCUCCCAGGGCCUGAUGCAGAUCGGCUGGUGUACUCUCAACUGUCGCUUCAACCAGGAGGAGGGUGUGGGUGACACUCCGGACUCUUACGCCUACGAUGGAAACAGAGUGAGAAAGUGGAACGUGACGACCACUAACUACGGGAAGUCGUGGGCGGCUGGAGACAUCGUCAGCUGUCUGAUCGACCUGGACGAGGGAACCAUCACCUUCUGCUUGAACGGCCAGUCUCUGGGCACGGCAUUCACCAACAUUAAGAUGGGUCCGGGCGUGGCUUACUUUCCUGCCAUCAGUCUCUCCUUCAAAGAGUCGGUGGCUUUUAACUUCGGCAGCAGACCUCUCAGGUACCCUGUGGACGGAUACCUGCCCCUCCAGAACCCUCCGACUGCAGACCUGAUCAAAGCUCACAAACUGCUGGGCUACAUGAAGAACGUCCUCAGCACCACCAUCGACACUCAGGAGGAGAAGCUGGUGGACAGAGACGUUGCUGUCUGGAGGCUUCAUGGAGACGCCACCGUCCUCAUCACGCUGGCUCACAUCUUCAACCACUUCGCUCCUCUCAUGUGUAAGGUGUACCUGGUGGAGGACGUGCUGAUGAACUUCCUGUUGGGGAUUUUGGAGGGAGGAGGUUCAGUGGACGAACACCCGCUGAUCCAACAGCUACUGGACCUGUUCUGGCUCCUGAUGGAGGACUACGAGGUGAAUGAGUGUCUGAAGCAGCUGAUGAUGUCACUGUUGAGGGCGUACCGUUUCUCCCCCAUCAUCCCUGACCUGGGCUUCCAGAUCCACUACCUGCGUCUGACCACGGCCAUCCUGCAUCAUGAGAAGUCCAGGAAGUACCUGCUCAACAACGUCUUGUUUGACGUUCUGCGCUCAGUCGUGUUUUUCUACAUCAAGACUCCUCUGAGGGUGAAGGAGGCGGGGCUAGAGGAGCUCAUCCUGACCACCUGGUGGCCAACGCACUUUGACAAGGAGGGGAAAGACGAGCGCGAGCCUGCAGAUGAAAGUGCAGAUGAGCGACUGAGGCGGCGAGCAUACGAGAGAGGCUGCCAGAGGCUGAAGAAGAGGAUCGAAGUGGUGGAGGAGCUGCAGGUUCAGAUCCUCAAGCUGCUGCUGAACAACAAGGACAAAUCUACGGGUGAAGCCUCUCGAUACAUUUUCCUCAAUAAGUUCAGGAAGUUUCUCCAAGAAAACGCCAGCAACAGAGGGCACCCCACAGCUCUGUGUCCUCCAGAGUACAUGGUGUGUUUCCUCCACCGCCUCAUCACGGCUGUGAGGGCCAGCUGGGACGACAGCAACAGGAAGAGUCCUGGCAGCGUCAGCAGUGAAGAGGCCUACGUCCCUCCUCAGCUCUUCUACAAUGGGAAGGUGGAUUACUUUGACCUGCAGAGACUGGGUGGGCUGCUGUCCCACCUGAAGAAGACACUCAAAGAUGACUUGGCCAGUAAAGCCAACAUCAUCAUCGACCCUGCAGAGAUCCAGGCCACAUCGAUGGACGACCUAGAUGAGGACGAGGAGAGCGGAGCAGCACAGAGGCCGUUUGGUGCGGCGGCGAUGGGCGGAGCUCUGGCGAGGCCCAGCUGGUUGAGUUCUCCCACUCUGGGUCGAGCCAAUCGUUUUCUGAGCACGGCCGCCGUCAGUCUCAUGACCCCCAGACGACCUCUGACCCAGCCGGAGAAAGUGAAGGUCCGAACCCUCGCUGUGGAGCAGAGGACUGAGGAGGACAUCGAGGGUAGCCAUGGUAACGACGGCCUGUUGCUGGGGCGACCGCUGGAGGAACCCGAUCAGCCAAUCGCAGACAAAUCCCUUCUGGAGAUUGUUGAUGGGAUUGUGAUGAUGUACAACCUGAGUGUCCAUCAGCAGCUGGGGAAGAUGGUGGUGGUCUCGGAUGACGUCCAUGAAUACGCCGUCGCUCUGAAGGACACGGAGGAGAAGAUCGCACGAUGUCCUGCGAGAAGACCAGACAUCCUGGAGGAGCUCCAGAAGAGCCAGAAGGUUUUUGCAGAGAAGCUGAAUCACCUCAGCAGAAGACUGGCCUGGAUCAACGCCACCAUCUACUCCAAGGACAAGAUGCUGGAUGUGUACUGGCUGCUGUGUGUUUGUAUUCGGACCAUCGAACAUGCCGACAACACCGGCUCUUUGUUCGCCUUCGCUCCAGAGUUCUACCUCAAUGUGGCCAUGAAUGCGUACAGCGCCCUGAAGAACUACUUCAGUCCUGCAAACAGCAUGGAGGAGCUGCCAGGCUACGAAGACACUUUGACUCAACUCGCUGCUAUCCUCGCCAAGCACUUUGCAGACCCUCGUAUAGUUGGGACAGAUAUCAAAGACUCUCUGAUGCAGGCUCUGGCCAGCUACGUCUGUUACCCACAAUCCCUCAGGGCGGUGGAGAGGAUCCCAGAGGAGCAACGUGUGGCCAUGAUGAGGAACCUGCUGGCUCCAUAUGAACAGAGACCCUGGGCCCAGACCAACUGGAUACUGGUCCGACUGUGGAGGGGCUGUGGGUUCGGCUACAGGUACACUCGUCUUCCUCACCUGCUGAAAACCAAACCUGAGGACGCCAACCUACCCAGUCUACAGAAGCCAUGUCCAUCACUGCUGCUGCAGAGACACAUGGCGGAGCUGCUUAGUCUGGACAAAGACAUGGCCGCCUCCUUCCUCAACAGUGUCCUCAACCAGCUCAACUGGGCCUUCUCCGAGUUCAUCGGCAUGAUCCAAGAGAUCCAGCAGGCAGCAGAACGUCCAGAGAGAAACUUUGUGGACACUCGUCAGCUCAAGGUGUGUGCCACCUGCUUCGACCUGUCCGUCAGCCUGCUGCGGGUUCUGGAGAUGACGGUCACUCUGGUUCCAGAGAUCUUCCUCGACUGGUCCCGUCCCUCUGCUGAGCUGCUGCUCAGACGACUCGCUCAGCUUCUCAACCAGGUGUUGAACAGAGUGACAGCAGAGAAGAACCUGUUCGACCGAGUCGUCAACCUGAGACUGCCAGGUCUGGAGAGUGUGGACCACUACCCCAUCCUGGUGGCUGUUACAGGCAUCCUGGUUCGGAUCCUGGUGGACGGAGACAGACAAGGGGUUUCUCGAGCUGCCUCCGUCCUGCUCUCCGACCCCUGUUUCCAGCUCCACUCCAUCCAGCACCUGUUGGGAGAGGCCGGAGACUCCACUAGUCCGGCAGCGGCCGUCGCCUCCUCCAUCCGUCCAGUCGUGGGCUCGCUGGGCUCGACCGUGGCUCCUCCCAUACCUUCAGCCGCCGGAAACACGGCAUCCUCAGAGCGGAAACACUUCUCCCUGCACGCAUAUCAACAUGGCAUCUCUCCAACAAGCCAAUAUCACAGCCCUGACCAGGGUGAUACCAGUCCCCUGCUGAAAGAGGAUCUGUCUGAUUGCAGGGGGAGGAGGGGGAAGUUUCAGAGGGAGAAAAUGGAAAGACAAAUCGAAAGCCAUCAAGUGAGAGAGAGGUAGAGAGGGGAGAGAGAGCAUGGAGAUGAAUAAAUGGAGCAGAGGGACGAAGAAAGUUAAAGUGGGAUGAACAAAAGCUGUUUACUGACUGUUUCAGACAAGACGGCAUUCCUACAGUUAGUUAAUCAGCAGCUGAUGACGACACUGUGUUCUCCUGUUCAUCACAGUCGUCUCAGUAACUGACUUCUCAGACGAACAUCACAGAAAGAGAGAAGGAUGAACAGGACGGUGAUAAGAAGCAAAGACACCAAACCAAUGCUGAACUGAAGAUUAACCCACUACACUAUAAGGAAGCGUUAAAGUGAGCCUGCCCCCCAAACAGCUCCAGCAUCAAAGAACAUGAUAGUGUAUAAUAAUACAUACAUCUGCCAAGGAUUUCCACCACUCACGUCUGGUGCAGGACUGUUGGGACUUGGCUGAGGUUUGCAUUCUGUCACCACCAGGUUUAUUAAAAUGAUCCAGUGGUGUCUUACUGACGAGUGUUGAAAUCUUGUUUUUAACAGUAAAGGAGAGUAAGAGCUGAUGAACACGUUGAUCUGAGCUGUAGAAAAUGUCCUGCGUUGUCGUGCAGGAAGUGGUUCUGAGGAGAACCAGAUACUCUCCGCGUGACGGAUCAAGAUUGUUGGAUUAUUUGCGUCUCUUUGUGUUACUGUAUAGCACUGACAUACUUUUCUAUAUCACCUUUUACCUCUGUGGUUUAUAUCUGGAGCUUCAGCUGUAACAGGAUCUGUGAAUCGGAGCUGAGUGUUUCCCAGAUGUCAUUGGUAGACUUCAUGUCUAACACCGGUUCUGUAUCAGAUCAUCUUACACUGUAACGAUCACAGCAGCACUCACACAGGCUCAGCUUCCCACAUACAGUAUGGAUCACACUACAACACUUUAUAAUCCAUUAAUCUUAUUGGCAGUUGGAUACAGACAACAGAGGUACUGAUAAUGCUGAGUGUUGGUACUGAUAAGGUUCUGUUCCUGAUCUCUGUGUGAUUUGUGAUUAUUCUUCACAGUAUUAAACACUCGUACUGAACUCAAACAAACCACAGACGUGUAUUUAAAUCAAAGUGUUUCCAUCGUUUGGUCUUCAGGGUCUCGUGUUGACGUUCAGGACCAAUUAAACUAUAUUCUACUUCA